GGAAGAUAAUCUAAAAGUAACAGAUGAGAAUCAUUAUGUUAUAAUGACUCAUAAUCUUGAAUGUAGUCUGGGAGGACGUGAGGGUGGUUGGUGAGAGAGAAGAGGAUGCAUAUAGCAUUAUGACUUCAGUUUAAUACGCCAUUGAAAUGAAACUUGGUUUUGAAAAAUAAAAUAUUUGGAAAAAAAUCUAGACAUUUUCUGAUGUUUAUGAUGAGUGAUUUGAAAAAUUCAUUUAUUUUCUCCAUUGAACUGGUCUGUAUUGUAAGAUUUUAUUUAAUUUUAAAGAACACCUGUAGGGGGCAGCAUUACACCCACCAGUGUACAGGCUGCCGGGCACUAUGAAAAGAAGAAGACUUUUUUUUCUUCUUUUUUUCUGUUGCACUUUUUGGAGUCUUUUCAAGAAAAGAAGCCAGUAAAUACGAUGGGAACCGCUCUGAUUUAUGAUGAGGAAAUGACCAAAUACAAACUGCUGUGGGUUGAUCCAGCAUGUAAGAUUGAAGUACCGGAGCGCUUGACGGCAAGUCACGAGGCGUUGGUCAGAAAUGGACUCGCAGAUCGCUGCGUCUCUCUUCCUGUCCGUGAGGCGGUGGAUGCAGAGAUUCUUUUGGUUCACAGUGAGGAAUAUCUGGAGGCAGUGAAGCAGACUCCUCAUAUGACUUUAGAAGACUUGAAAGAGUUCACUCUUCAGUAUGGUGAUGUUUACUUCCACCCUAACAUCUACCACUGUGCCAAGCUGGCUGUAGGGUCUGCACUGCAGCUGGUGGACGGCGUUAUGAUGGGAAAAGUGAAGAAUGGCAUGGCUUUGGUCAGACCUCCAGGACAUCACAGUAUGCGCAGUGCAGCCAAUGGUUUCUGCGUGUUCAACAAUGUGGCCAUAGCAGCUCGAUAUGCAAAGCAGAAAUAUGGAGUCAAAAGGAUUUUGAUAGUAGACUGGGACAUCCAUCAUGGUCAGGGAGUGCAGUACUGCUUUGAAGAUGAUCCAAGUGUCCUCUACUUUUCUUGGCACCGAUAUGAGCAUCAGAAAUUCUGGCCCCACCUUAGAGAUUCAGACUAUGACAUCGUUGGCAAAGGGGACGGAGCUGGGUUCAACAUAAACGUGCCUUGGAACAAGGUGGGAAUGGAGAACAGCGAUUACCUCUCAGUUUUCUGUCACAUCCUUCUGCCAGUCGCCUAUGAGUUUUGCCCAGAUUUGGUGUUGGUGUGUGCAGGUUUUGACUCAGCCAUUGGUGAUCCAGAGGGGAAAAUGUGUGCUACCCCUGAAAUCUUUGCCCACUUGACUCAUCUGCUGAUGAACUUGGCAGGAGGGAAGCUGUGUGCUGUCCUGGAGGGAGGAUACAACCUGACUUCCCUUGGACAGUCUGUGUGUCAGACAGUUCAGAGUCUACUUGGAGAUCCUCUUCCUCCGCUCACAGAUCUCAGUGGUCCCUGCAGAAGCGCACUGGAGUCUCUUCAGAGUGUCAGAGCAGCUCACAGACAACACUGGUCUUGCCUCAAACAUGCAGUGGAUCUCCCCACCUCUGAGAUUAGCACCAAACGCGUUAAGUUAUCUGGAGAAGAGGCCAAAGAACAAGCAGAAGAGGAGCAAAGCGGCACAGAGGAAAAGAUUUGGGCUGAACCUCUGAAGCGCGUCUCUCCUCCUGUUUGUUCGGCUGUAGUUCUUCCUGAUGACGUGGUUUGUCCGGAUGCCUGCGAACGCCUCGGCUCAGCGGAGGAGCUCAAUCCACACUCGCUCAUCCUGAAGAAGGAUUUCCUUAAAGAUGACGAUCCUCUCACCGCUUUUUCUAGAGUUUUUUCCCUCAUUGAGAGAAUGAAGAAGAAUGAGAUCCGUAAUGGCUUGGCGUUGGUUGGUGACGUCACCAUGGCGAUGACAUGUGUUGUCCAGCAUGUUGCUGCUGAAGACAACAGCCGGAUUCUCCUCGUCUGUGUCGGCAAUGGAAAUAUUCCAAGUCACAUCAAAGAAGAUGGGAAAACACUUGUGGUUCAGAUCAGCUGUGAAAAUACUGUGGAACAGGAGAGUAAAUACUAUGUUCCUGUUUGUCUAAAAAAGAGCUGCACCGACUCCUCAGGCUUCCUCCAAUCGGUGUUUAGCGUCCUCUUACCCCUCGGAUAUCAAUACAACCCCAGGCUCGUCUUGCUGGUUCGGACGCCAGGUAGUGAAGUUUGUGACGGUGCGUGGCUGCAGCUAACAGGCCUUCUGCAGAGCUUUGCACAGGGACACACACUGGUAUUACUGCAGGAGGACGAUAAGGCAUGUGUGGACCCAACAGCCGCUGUCCUGCUGGGGAACCCUGCUCCUCCUCUAGGACAGCUUCAGGCUUCACCCACGGAGGAUGCUGAAGCUGUGGAGAGGAUUAGAAGCAGGCUGAAGGAUGACUGGAAACUUUUGAUGACUGCAGCACCAGAAAAUGGAGGGACGGAUGAAGACUGAAGAAGCUCCUGUUCUAAUCCUUCAGAUCACAGACAAAAUGUCACAUUUCAGUCCAAUUCAUACCUCUGAUAUGUUUGGAACACCACUUGCUUUUUGCUAUAAUAAAGAGAAACCACAAAAG